GGUGCUGCAAUGAGUCGUCACAUAUGUGUUUGGCUUUUUAAACAUCUGUGUCUUAAUCGUCACCGGGGCCACGUCUACUCUCAAUUUUCAAAGAUACAUCUUGAUAUAGGGUUGUGGAUUUCUCGACAAAACAGUAAUCACCUUCUCCAUCAUCGAUUAGAUAAGAAUUGGUCCAAGAGGUAUUGUCAUUCUAAGAUGCUCUGGAAGCAUAAAGCACUACAAAAGUAUAUGGAAGACAUGAACAAGGAGUUCCAGACACUGGGUCAGAGUCUGCAGCGCAUACCUGUAAGUGAAGGCGAGCAAAGGGCCUUGAGUAAAAGGCAUUCUGAGUUGGCACCACUUGCAACCAUUUACCAAGAAAUUCAGGAGGCUGAACAAGCGAUUAAAGAAUUAGAUUCACUCUGUACAGGUCUAAAUAAACAAGAUGAAAAGCAGUUACAAGAACUUGCAUUAGAAGAAAAGCAAACCAUUACUCAGAAAAUCAACUUACUGUACAAUGAGCUUUUCCAGAGUCUGGUGCCAAAGGAGAAAUGUGACAAAAAUGAUGUUAUUUUAGAGGUGACAUCUGGAAGAACUACUGGAGGUGAUAUCUGUCAACAAUUUACCCGGGAAAUAUUUGACAUGUAUCAGAAUUAUUCAAAUUAUAAACACUGGAAAUUUGAGCUUUUGAAUUAUACCUCAGCUGAUUAUGGUGGGCUGCAUCAUGCAGCUGCCCGAAUUUCUGGUGACAAUGUCUAUAAACAUUUGAAGUAUGAAGGUGGGAUUCACCGAGUUCAACGAAUUCCAGAGGUGGGCCUGUCAUCCAGGAUGCAGCGCAUUCACACAGGAACAAUGUCAGUUAUUGUCCUUCCUCAGCCAGAAGAGGUGGAUGUGAAAUUGGAUCCUAAGGACUUGCGAGUAGAUACAUUUCGAGCUAAAGGAGCAGGAGGACAGCACGUUAACACCACUGAUAGUGCUGUCAGACUUGUCCAUAUACCCACAGGACUUGUAGUAGAAUGCCAACAAGAACGAUCACAGAUAAGAAAUAAAGAAAUUGCUUUGCGUAUGUUAAGAGCUAGAAUAUUCCAACAGAUUAUUGAAAAAGACAGACAUCAACAGCAAAGUGCAAGGAAACUGCAGGUGGGAACAAGAGCCCAGUCUGAAAGAAUUCGGACAUACAAUUUUACCCAGGAUAGAGUCACUGACCACAGGAUAGCAUACGAAAUUCGUAAUAUUAAGGAAUUUUUAUGUGGGGAGAAGUGCCUGGAUCAACUCAUUCAAAAACUGCUUCAAUCAGCAGAUGAAGAAGCUAUUACUGAAUUUUUAGAUGAGAAUCUUAAAUCAGCAAAAUAA